GCUACGGGGUGGUUAACUAUAACAUAGGCUGGUCGAAUUCUCCUUAAUGUUUUCCAAUUUACCUUGGUUUUAUUUUACUGUCAGCAGAAAGGACAUAAAAGCGAUUCUUUAUUUCAUUGUUAACCCCUAACAGUAACACUACGUAGAUAUAUACACACUUCCUAAAGCAGGUGACUCUUUAUGUGUUCACUGACACGUAACGGAUAGGUACGGCUUGCUUCUCAAACGUAAGCGAGUUACACCUGCCUGCUACAUUUUAGGACCAAGCUUGAGGUCGGAAGAUUGACACCCUACCUGGAAACGGAAUAACUAAAAUGUCUACAGACGGAAUCCAUCUGAGGACAGUGAAGCCUCUGGAGAACGAUAGUGACUCUGCCAUUGGGAGUAGUGUUGGUGUGGACAAUGUCGCCCUGGAUCUCGGGGACGAGGCCAGAGGUAAUAGUCAGAAUGAGAAAACAAAAAACGGCGCCCCUAUACCUGGGGUUGAGUUUGACGGGGACACUGGAUUUGUGUACCACCUCCAGACGACAGUACGAACUACUUACAGAUCACACAGUGACGUCAUAUGGGGGUGCAUUUACCUCAUACUCUUUGUGUUGUACUUCGUCUAUUUCGGAUUUGCGAUGGCGCACGAGAAGUUUGGAGACGAAGGUUCCAUACGGCUCCUCGUUUGCACCAUUCUAUUUUUGGUCGGACUUUGCUGGCAUUUCUUAUCGAAACACAUCGGACAUAAGCUGAAAUUACCCGAAAUGCCAUGGGAGCCAGAACGUAAAGAAAAACUUGCCCGGAUAGCCUACAUCGCGCUCGUUGUUGCUGUCGUCCUCUUCAUCAUCAUCUACAUCAUUGCUGAAGUUGCCGUUAACACCACCGAAAAUCUCAUCAGUUUGACGGGCCUUGUCUUCUUUGUAUUUAUGUUCUCCAUCUGUUCUCGAAAUCCAGCCAAGAUUAAAUGGCGUCCGGUGUUUUGGGGACUGGUGAUCCAGUUUUUCUUCGCGCUCCUGAUUCUCAGAUGGCCAUUCGGCUACCAGGCAUUCCUGUGGCUGGGAGCACGUGUGUCAGAGUUUCUGGCCUACUCCGACAAAGGCGCCAUAUUUGUGUUCGGGGAAAAAUAUACAGAUCAUUUCUUCGCUUUUAAGGUACUGACUGUGAUAGUGUUCUUCAGUACGGCCGUCUCCGUCCUCUACUAUAUCGGAGUAAUGCAGUUUAUAAUCCGUUAUCUGGCCAGAUUCAUGUCCUGGUCUAUGGGUACCUCACCCACCGAGUCCCUGAAUGCCGCCGGUAACAUCUUCAUCGGACAGAGCGAAGCACCUUUGCUCAUUCGGCCAUUCCUAAAUGAUAUGACAAACUCGGAAUUACAUGCCGUUUUGACAGGAGGAUUUGCUACAAUAGCCGGAAGUGUCAUGGCGGCCUACAUAGCAAUAGACGUUCCAGCUAACCACCUACUCUCGGCCUCCGUUAUGUCCGCGCCUGCUGCUCUGGCUAUGUCAAAACUGAUUUGUCCGGAAACUGAGGGAAGCAAGUCCGACCCUGAGAAGGUCUACAAUAUGGAGCAAAGCCCUGAGAGAAAUGUAAUUGAAGCCGCUUCUAAUGGCGCCUCGCAGUCGGUCAAACUGAUCGGGAACAUAGCAGCGAACCUGAUCGCCUUUAUUGCCGUACUGGAGUUCAUUAAUGCCACACUUGAUUGGUUCGGGUCACGCGUAGGACUUGAGGAACCUGAAUUUGAAAGAUUGACAUUUCAAUUUAUCUGUUCCUACGUUUUCUACCCCGUUGCCGUCAUGAUGGGUGUCCCGGUUGGAUCUGACUGUCGUAAAGUGGGCGAAUUAAUAGGCAUUAAAACCUUCCUUAACGAGUUCGUGGCCUACGGGGAGCUGUCUACAUAUGUUAAUAACGCCAAGAAUCUGAGUUGGUACGAGGGCCUUAAUGGGACGUCCACCAACACGCUGAUGUGGGGUCAGAUCAACCACACGGGGGCGUGGCACUACAAUAAAUGGGACAUCGUUUACGAGGAUAUCAACGUCACUCUCACUAAAGGGGUCCUAACGGAUCGCGCUGUUGUCAUAUCUACAUACGCUCUCUGUGGUUUCUCUAAUAUCGCUUCUAUGGGAAUCAUGCUUGGAGCGUUAGGAGCUAUGGCGCCCACCAGGAAGUCGGACCUAUCACGGCUCGUAGUCACAGCAAUGAUUGCUGGCAACGUGGCUUGUUUCAUGACAGCAAGCAUUGCAGGGCUGUUUUACGAAGGAAAUCUGUGAUACAGGGAAAACAACGUUAUCCAAUCAAAUGAUGAGCAGGGACAAACUGUCGUUUAACAAUUCAGGAUGUAUCGCAUUGUUUUAUAUUUUGUGAAUAACAAUACCUAUGAUGAUACGGUAGAUUUAUUUUAUCGAGACUCAUGGUAUCUUAUAUAUUAUACAAAUGUCCUGUUUUAAAUGUAAGAUUGUAUUCUUGCAUUCCAAUAUAUACAAAUUAGCAAGUUCGAAAACAGACCUGUUGUUGAUGAUUAUAUUUUGUAGAAUAUUGGUUUUUUUAUCUAUAAACAUUACACAAAUCAGAAAAGUUUGCUCACUUAACCAUGUCACACAAAAACUUGGAUGAGACAAAAAAGAAAAAUAUCAAUGUUGUUGAAACAGAAUCCAACAUAUACGUGCUGUUUUUGCGUAUUCCUGUUAAUAGCAUUUUGUUCCAACAACAUUCAUUUUUUCACUUCUGUCUCAUUUUUGUGUGACAUCGUAUAUUGUUGUGUUAAUUAAAUUGUUUAAUAAUAUAUAAUAUGUUUAAAUGGCGUCUUGACUGCCUAAUUUUUAUUUGGACGUCAUUUCCAUGUGUUCACUUUCAACAACAAUUUUAAUGUGAUCAGGUUUUCCGGUUUUAGUUAUAUUGUUUAUAUAUGCAUGUUACAGAUUAUAAUUAUGUAUAUUUUAGUGUUCCAAAAGGACUUUUUUAAGACAUAUGCUGGAUAUAGCAGUUUUAAAUUUCAUGCAUAUAAUUUCAAUUGUUUGUUUUAAGAAAACUUUACUUACAUGUAAAUUACAUCGGUUUAGGCGGAGACGGCUUUACAAUUACAUAUAUGUAAUAACAACUGCUUGGGUGAAGACGUCACUUAGUUACAUGUGUUUAAUUACAACUAUUUGGUGAAGACAUCUUUACAUAUAUGUGUGUUAUCACAAAUGUCUGAGUGAAGACGUCUUUGAUUAAUGUGUGUAUUAACAACUGUCUGGAUGAAGACGUCAUGACUUAAUUACAAGUGUUUACUUAUUUACAUUGGUGUAAUUGCAUUUUUCAGUUUAGAAAUCUUAACUUAUAUGUGUUUAAUCAUCUUUGUUUGUUUAGAGUUUAAAAACAGUUCAUUAGAAAGUUGUUAACAUCAAUAAAGGAAUGGACACGUAAAAACUAAAUAUAGAUAAGUGUACUGUUGACCAAUGAUCAUGUGAGUAUGUCGUUACUUUCUGUUGGAUCCUGAACUAAUAUAAAGUCGUGUAAUUUCAAUAAUAAGGUCGUGGAAUUUUAGUAUAAACGUCGUGGAAAUUUAAUUAUAAGGUCUUACAAUUCUAAUAUGAAUGUAGUGUAAUUUUAAUGAUAAAGUCGUGUAAUUUUAAUGAUAAAGUCGUGUAAUUUUAAUGAUAAAGUCAUGUAAUUUUAAUGAUAAAGUCAUGAAAAUUUUAAUGAUAAAGUCAUGUAAUUUCAAUGAUGAAGUCAUGUAAUUUUAAUGAUAAAGUCAUGUAAUCUUAAUGAUAAAGUCAUGUAAUUUUAAUGAUAAAGUCGUGUAAUUUUAACGAUGAAGUCAUGUAAUUUUAAUGAUAAAGUCAUGUAAUUUUAAUGAUAAAGUCGUGUAAUUUUUAUAAUAAAGUCGUGUAAUUUCAAUGAUGAAGUGGUGUAAUUUUAAUGAUAAAGUCGUGUAAUUUUGAUGAUAAAGUCAGGUAAUUUUAAUGAUAAAGUCAUGUAAUCUUAAUGAUAAAGUCAUGUAAUUUUAAUGAUAAAGUCAGGUAAUUUUAAUGAUAAAGUCGUGUAAUUUUAAUAAUAAAGUCGUGUAAUUUUAAUGAUAAAGUCAUGUAAUUUUAAUGAUAAAGUCGUGUAAUUUUAAUGGUGAAGUCGUGUAAUUUAAUGAUAAAGUCAGGUAAUUUUAAUGAUAAAGUCGUGUAAUUUUAAUAAUAAAGUCGUGUAAUUUUAAUGAUAAAGUCAGGUAAUUUUAAUGAUAAAGUCGUGUAAUUUUAAUGAUAAAGUCAGGUAAUUUUAAUGAUAAAGUCAGGUAAUUUUAACGAUAAAGUGGUGUAAUUUUAAUAAUAAAGUCGUGUAAUUUUAA